AUGACGGAGAAUCCCUUCAAUCAUGAGCUUUCAGAGGAAUCUACCGAGCGAUUAUCAGAAGGGCAAAUACCGCUUGUUACUGCGUGCCAAGAAGAUCAAUGGCCCAUGGAUGCUGACAACUUGAUUGUCGGAUAUGUUGUCUCAAGUCGCAGUCCUCAAUUGACGUCCGGCAUGUCAGUGUGUAAGUCUGAACACCUGAUCAUUGAACGACGGGCCAUUUGGGUCGAGACGGCGCUGCGAGGUCAAAGUGUGGAUCCUACAUUCACAUCUUGCAAGAUGACUUGA